AUGCAAAACCAGAGCUUUGUCACUGAGUUUAUACUACUGGGGCUUUCACAGAACGUGAAUGUGGAGAAAAUGCUAUUGGUUUUAUUUUUGUUUAUCUACCUUUCAACUAUUGUGGGCAACAUGAUAAUUGUGGUGACCAUCAUCUACAGCCCUAUACUACUGGGGUCCCCCAUGUACUUCUUUUUGAUAUUCCUGUCCUUACUGGAUGCAUUCACUUCUUCAACUGUCACCCCCAAGAUAAUCAUAGACUGCUUCUAUGAGAGGAAGACCAUCUGCUUUGAAUGUUGUAUGACACAACUGUUUGCUGUCCACUUUUUCACUGGGGCAGAAGUGAUUGUCCUGUCAGCCAUGGCCUAUGACCGCUAUGUGGCCAUCUGCAAGCCACUUCACUACUCUUCCAUCAUGACCCAGAGGCUUUGUAGAAUUUUGGUGGUUGUGUCCUGGGCAGGGGGAUUCUUGCAUUCUAUCAUACAGAUUAUCUUCACUUUGCAGCUGCCUUUCUGUGGACCCAAUAUCAUUGAUCAUUACAUGUGUGACUUGUUCCCAUUACUGAAGCUUGCCUGUACUGACACACACAUUUAUGUCUUUAUGAUAUUUGCCAACAGUGGUGCUAUAUGCAUUAUAAUCUUCUCUUUAUUGCUUGUCUCCUAUGGUGUCAUCUUGUUUUCUCUGAGAGCCCAUAGCUCUGAAGGUCGACGUAAAGCUCUCUCCACCUGUGGAUCGCAUAUAAUUGUUGUGAUUUUGUGCUUUGUUCCAUGUCUGUUAAUAUAUGCAAGACCCACUUCUGCAUUCUCCUUUGAGAAAAACAUGCUUAUAUUUAUCAAUGUCCUCACACCAUUGCUAAAUCCUAUGGUUUACACUUUCAGGAAUAAGGAAAUGAAGAAUGCCAUCAGAAAAAUGUGGAUGAGAUUAAUAGUGGUUUCUGAUGAAUUUUAA